GCAGGGUAGAAGCACCCUCCCAUUUCGUCAGUCUUCCCUCCCAUAACAAGGCUGGGCCCCAAGCUGAGUUCAUGUGUGCGUUUUGCCCACACGUUGCCCUCCCUGCAGAUUGCUCACACCGGACCGAAGACGGAGGCUGUUGCAUGAUUUAAGAUAUCUCUGCAGAAGGAAAUCCCCAGUGCGGCUUCUACCGUGCAGCUGUCCGAAUUACGUUUUCGUGUCAAACACUGGAAACUGCACGGUGAGGGAGCCAGUGUGAAUCAUGCUGUCUCUUGGCGCCAUGAAAGAUGGCGUCAUCCUACCCAGUGAGGAAGACCGGAAACGGAUUAUCACCCAAAUGAAAGUAAGGACGACCCUGAAAGGGGACAAGAGUUGGAUCCAUCACAAGUCUGAUUCUGAGGAGAAACAAAACCACAGUCCACUGACACCUUGUACAGCGCCAUCUUCCCACAGAGAACCACAGUCUCCUUCAGCACAAAAAAAUCUUUCCCCAAAUUCUUCUACUGCCACAUCAUCUUCUGGGUAUCUCAUCAGGGGAGUUUUCACCAAGACCAUUGAUAAGUCGUCUCCUUCCAAGACAGCAUCCAAUGAGACGCAGAAAAGUGUCAAGAGCCCAAGUCAGACCUCCCCCACCACCCAAGGGCCCAAGAUGUCCACUGAGGAUUACAAAAAACUAGCUCCCUACAAUAUUAAGCGUGAACUCUCCUACCCAGCAGAUGGACAACCCUCUGUUUCUCCAGAGGAGCAGAAAAAGAGGACAGAAGCUGCUAGUAGUGUCCUGAGACGAACGGCCGGCAGAGAACGCUCCUAUGUCCUUUCAGCGGCAAAGAAAACUGGAGGAAGUCCAGCACAGGAGGUAUCAGCCAUUGUGGCUAAGAAGAUUGAUGUACCAGAUGACUUCGGUCCACGAUCCAGAAGUCAGACCGUACCUGCCUCUGCCUGGUUCAACAGUCGUGGGAAGAGCACUAACGGAGAAAGAAGAACCUCAGAGUCUCCCCAGAAUGAAUCAAGAUUGGCCAAUACUUCUGUGAGAACCAAUGUUGAUACAAACAGCAGCAGAAACGUGGCCUCAGAACCCCACCUUGAAACUUCAUUCAACUACUCCACACCUGUGGAGAGCAGUAACAAGUCAGACGAGAAGUAUGAAAUGAGUCCUGGACAUGAUUCUGUCCCCAGGGUCCCUACUUCUCCAAAGAGAAGUGAGAAGAAUGAAACGCAGAGUCGCACGUUUUUUGACAAAUCUGUCCUGGAGUACAAACAUGAAGUCUCCAAUGGAGAAAGAAAACCCAAAGAUCCAGACUCAAAAGCUACAGAAUUCUUCCAUCAUCAGCCAACCACAGAAAAGGAAAACACUGAAGUAUACCCAGGAAUGGGGUACAGGACAUCCCUCCACCUGGACAACAAUGAGGGUCUUGACUCAAAAAGGUCUGAACUACAGCCUGGGGAAAGCAGCCUGAGUACCACUGGAAGCCAGUGUGAACUUCUAAGUAUUCCCAAGAGGGAGGAAUUGGAUAUGAAUAUUUCCAGGUACAAUUCCUUUGCUACAGAGAGUAGAAUUACCUGCCCACAGAACCAGUACCAGAAUCAGAGAUCAGGUGAAGAUUCAGACAGGAUUUUUUCACAUCUGGAUCGUCAAGCUGGCCAUUUUAUCAGAUCUUCAGAGUCUAGGAAUGGAAUAAACAGGAACAAUCAACUUUACAACCGUAGAAUGUUGGGAUUCAACAACGGCAUAGCAUCCUACUUGUACAACCAGCCAUUCAACAGCAGAAGCAUGUCUUACUACCCCUUCAGAGAUGCUGGCAAUAGCAUUCCAAAAAGCCAUCGGGUGCCUUUUUAUAAGGACAUCUGUGACACAGAGAGUGGAAGGAAUUUGACUGAUUCUGAGGCAAAGGACCUCCCUGCUUCCUUUGAACAGAAGAAUUUUUCUAAUUAUGAAUCAGAUUCAUCUGCAUCAGGCAAAGGCCUCCUCUUUGUGAAAGAAUCCAUCAAAAGUAUGGAAAUGUCUUCCUCCCCACGUUACAACAGUCGCAGCUUGGUUGACUUGUCUGAACUGGAGAAUCCAAGCUACAGCAGUACCAGCUACCUGAAUAACACAUCUCCCAAAAGGUCUUUGGAAGAUAUUUGUACUUAUUGUGGCCGAGUAAUCCGCAACUGUGCCAAGAUAUCUAUUGAGAACCUCAACAUCAGCUGCCACGAAUACUGCUUCAAAUGUGGAAUCUGCCACAAGCCCAUGGGAAAUCUCUUGGAUCAAAUCUUCAUUCAUCGGGAUAUUGUCCACUGCGAUAAGUGCUACGAGAAGCUCUUUUAGAUUCCAUGGAUUGGACCAGCCUGCCCGAAGAGACGCCUGCCUUCACCUGUAUGCCUGGGUUCUCCAAAGGACUCUUUGAUCCAGCAAGCAUCCUCUUCCCCAGCCAUUCCUCCUUCCUCAUCUCAGGCAGGCCAAGUGGUUUACCUUCAACAACGAUGAAGUUAAGUCAUUGAGGAUGCUACGUCAGGAAGAGGAUGUAUUGCUGCCCAAGUUUCAACAGACUGCAUUUGGGGGCUCCUCCCCAGUCUUGGUUGCUUGUCCAAAAGUCCUUCUGUCCUUCCUUCCACGAUGGUACCUUGGAUAUCCAUUCAUUCAACUUGGCUAGCCACUGAUAAGAGCAGGCUUGGUACAAGGAAGGAGAGAAACAGGUUUAUUCGUUUAAAAAAAAAAAAAAAGAGGUUGAAUCGUUUUUUUAUCAGGAACACUUCUCAUUCCAUUCAUCCCUGGGAAGUCUUUAGCCACAGCUAGGAACGCUCAGUUCCAAAAACAUGUGCCUUGAAUGCAAAGGAUUUUAAAUGGAGGCGUGUGCAAAAUAUUUUGAUUCCAAAGGCAUCGAGCAUCAGGC